CCAGACCUGUACUUGUAUAGCACUGGAAAUCUCGCCAGUGAGAUGCCGUAGCCUGCGCCUGAUGAAUGGGAGCACUGUAUGGAAUGUCGCCUCGCUGGCGGAUGACAUCGUCAAGGAGAAAUCGGUCCAAGCUCUGUGGACAGUCAUUCGCCCCGGCUACAUGGUGGCGGUUUUCCUCCUGGGCUGGGCCAUGAACGUGAGCCUUUUCAAUAGGUUUCGGAUUGACUAUGCCGCUGUCCUGAACCUAUCCAAGGAAGAGCUGGUUUCUCCUCGCUUCUUGGUGGCGCUGGCGACUCUGCUGGCCCUCUGCUUGUCGCUGGUGCGGGUCAUGGCGUCGUGGUACGGAGCUUCCAUCGAGCUGCUGGCGGGGGUGCUGGCCUGGUACUUGUUGGCCCUGCUGGCCGUGGUGGGCCUGCUGCCGCGCAUGGUGGCGAAGCACAGCCGCUGGCGCGAGCCCUUCUCCCAGGCCUUGUGGCGCUGUGUCUGGCCGGAGACCUCCAAGGAGAUCCCCUUCGUGGAAGUGCUGGUGGCCGAUGGGCUCACGUCUCUGGCGAAGCUCUUCUUCGACGUCUCCACGGGGGUCUGUAUCGUGAGCUCCUACCAGAUGCAGUCAAGCUCCCUGGGCUCGCUGGAGAACUUCACAGCCCUGGAGGCCGCCUCCUUGAUCCACAAGCGACAGGAGUCGGCGGGUGCGGAGCUGGCAGCGGCCCUGGACGUGUGCAGUGGCUCCCCGGUGCCCUACAUCGCCUGGUCCGUUCCUUUCCUGAUCCGCGCCCGGCAGUGCAUCAUCACCGCGCGCCACGCCCCCGACGCGCUGACACGGGACUUGCAGCGGGUGAACUUGGCCAAGUACCUCUCGGCUCUGCCGGUGGUCUUCUUCGCCAUGUGCCAUGCGCGGGUGGUGCCGGGCGUCGCGGCCUCCAUGCUGGGCCCAGAGGAUUUCGAAGUACUGUGGGCCUUGGCGGCGGUGGUGAAUUCCGUCUUCGGCUUCCUCUGGGAUUUGGUCAUGGACUGGGGCCUUUUGCACCUCACUCCCAACAAGCCCACCACCUUUGGCCUUCGCCCGCAGCUCCUAUAUCCAGUGGCCCCGGCGUUGUACUACUUGAUGAUCCUGCUCAACUUCAUUGGGCGAACUCUUUGGUCUUUGCGCUGGUCGGAGCAUGCUACGAUCUUCCUGGGGUCGUUCUUCCUCUCCAGCUGUCAGCAGGGCGCGGAGGUUGUGCGGCGCUGCCUUUGGAACUUGAUGCGGGUGGAGUGGCAGUGCAUCGUGAAGGGCAAGUUUCCGCGGCCGGACAAGAUCUUCCCCGUUUGACUCUGUGAGAGCUGGGCAGGCUUUCAUGGAAAUGCGGAGGGGGACAUGCAGGUAAAUUUUCUAGAAACGGG